UGUAAUGGUGCCGCAGCAAAGAUUGCAGCAGGGACUCCCCGGGGUAAAGUAAUUAUACACUCUUGUUCAUCACGGGCAGAAGAGGAAACUGCAGCUUUUCUGUUGUUGGGUGGAUGGAUGUGUGGAGGCAGAGCAGUGCGUGGUUUCAGGCUGGACAUCUGUCGCCUGUGGACUUUUUUCUUCUUCUUUCUUCUUCUUCCUUUGUUGAAUGGGGCCAGUGACCUGUCAGUCUUGACUGAUCGGACCCCGUGCGUGGGAAAAUCCUGCAGGCAAAGACCAGGAGCAUUCACAUGCUAAUGGGGCCCUAUAAAUAAGAGGGCUGCGCAGCGCCGAGGGCCCUAGAGACGCGCUCGGCCGGAGAGGAACCAACAUGACGGCCUCGUCUGCGGCGCGGAGCGGGGAGAAACACGCCACUGCAAAGGAGGAGAGGAAGCUGAGGAAGCCGCUCAUCGAGAGGAAGCGGCGGGAGAGGAUCAACACGUGUCUGGAUCAGCUGAAGGAAACUGUGAUCGGAGCCUUCAAGCUGGACCAAUCCAAGCUGGAGAAGGCUGAUAUCCUCGAGAUGACCGUGAAACAUCUGCAGAAUAUCCAGAAUCACAAGAUAAACGACUCCACGUUAGGCCUGGAGGCCCAGCAGAGGUACAGCACCGGGUACAUCCAGUGCAUGCACGAGGUCCACAACAUGCUGCUCACCUGCGACUGGAUGGACAAAACUCUGGGCUCUCGCCUCCUCAACCACCUGCUCAAGUCGCUGCCCGGGUCCUCGGAUGAGCGUGCUCCAGCCCGCUCCGCUCUCAGACACAACGCCCCCGUGUUGGCCAGCCCGGCCCCCACAAGCACGCCCUGCAGAGGGGACGGCCUGCUCCGGAGAGAGGGGGCCACCUGCCCAGUGGCUGGCCGGCAGGACAGGCCAGGACUCCACAGCUCCCACCUGGGGGUGCUGGAGAUGUGGAGGCCCUGGUGAAGGAAUCUGGGCUGUCCAUUGUGUUAGACCAUGUUAUGUAUCUUAUAGAUAUGCCUCUCAGAAGACAAGCAUGGGGCAGUUUUGUUCCACUGAUUAUUGCUGUAGGUGUCCUGUAAAGAUCCUAUUUCUCAGUACUUCCCUUAAGAAGUUAACUUCUUGUAGCCUGCAUUAUAGAAGGCUUUUAUUAAUCUUUUUUUUAUAUUUAUUGUAUUGACUAACCACUUUAUUUAUUUUAUAUUAUGACUUUGCUUCUUAGAUUUCCUGCUUGGUAUUGGAUAGAUUUCUAUAUCCUCUUUCUUUGCUGAAU